AUGGCCGCUUCCCUCUUCCGCCUCUCCCGGCCCCGCCGCGUGCUCCUCCCCUUGUCCGCCCUCCGCCUCCCUCUCUCCACCCAGCCCCUCCCGCAGCCCCGGGACCCGUCCUCCCCCAAUUCCAACCGCGGCCUUCCUGCCUUCCUCUCCUUCCUCGCCGCCGCAGCCGCAGGCGGAAUCACCGGUUCCGUCGCUCUCUGCGAUGCCGCCCCCGACCACCGGGUCGGCGGGAAAGACAGCACCGAGCUGGUGGUGCGUGGGGAGCGCAAGCGCGUGCCACAGCAGUUCAUAGAAGAGCUCGCAUCCUUCCUCGGGGAGAACCUGACGGUGGAUUACGAGGAGAGGAGCUUCCACGGGACGCCGCAGAAUAGCUUCCACAAGGCAGUCAACGUGCCCGACGUCGUCGUCUUCCCAAAGUCCCAGUAUGAGGUACGGAAGAUUGUGAUGACUUGUAAUAAGUACAAGGUGCCAAUUGUACCAUAUGGUGGGGCUACAUCAAUUGAGGGACAUACGUUGGCACCUCAUGGUGGUGUUUGCAUUGACAUGUCUUCAAUGAAGAAAAUCAAAUCUCUGCAUGUUGAGGAUAUGGAUGUUGUAGUUGAACCAGGAGUUGGAUGGAUUGAGCUGAAUGAAUACCUGAAACCCCAUGGUCUCUUUUUCCCUCUUGACCCAGGACCUGGAGCCACUAUUGGUGGAAUGUGCGCUACACGAUGUUCUGGUUCAUUAGCCGUGAGGUAUGGAACUAUGCGGGACAAUGUUAUCAAUCUUCAGGCUGUUCUACCAGAUGGCGACGUUGUCAAGACCGGUUCUCGGGCUCGAAAGAGUGCAGCUGGAUAUGACCUAACUCGGUUGAUCAUUGGAAGUGAAGGGACUUUAGGGGUAAUUACAGAAGUGACUUUACGACUUCAAAAGCUUCCAUCUCAUUCCGUGGUUGCUAUGUGCAAUUUUCAAACGGUUAAGGAUGCUGCUGAUGUUGCUAUUGCAUCAAUGCAUUCUGGCAUACAGGUCUCGAGAGUGGAAUUGUUAGAUGAGGUUCAGAUAAGGGCAAUAAACAUGGCAAACGGUAAAAGCUUGCCUGAAGUGCCGACCUUGAUGUUUGAAUUCAUAGGGACAGAAGCAUAUGCACUUGAACAAACACUGUUGGUUCAAAAGAUUGCUGCAGAGCACCAUGGUUCUGAUUUUGUUUUUGUGGAGGAGCCGAAUGCUAAAGAGGAACUGUGGAAGAUCAGGAAGGAGGCACUUUGGGCUGGGUUUGCCAUGAAACCUGAUCAUGAAGCUAUGAUAACGGACGUUUGUGUUCCAUUGUCUAGACUUGCAGAAUGCAUAUCUGUAUCUAAGCAACUACUUGAUGCGUCACCAUUGACUUGUUUGGUUAUCGCCCAUGCCGGUGACGGAAAUUUCCACACAAUUAUCCUAUUUGAUCCAAGCCAGGAGGAAGAGCGAAGGGAAGCAGAGAGACUAAACCAUUUCAUGGUUCAUACUGCUCUGUCCAUGGAAGGUACAUGCACAGGAGAGCAUGGUGUUGGCACAGGGAAAAUGAAGUACCUGGAGAAGGAGCUGGGGAUGGAGUCACCGAGGACGAUGAAAAGGAUAAAGGCCGCGCUGGAUCCCAACAACAUCAUGAAUCCAGGAAAGCUCAUCCCACCCCACGUCUGCAUCUGA